AUGGUUCCGGAGAAGACUACGUGCUACGUUCUGCCUAAGCCGGGCUCAUAUACUGACCUUGAGAAGCGCGAAAUACCCACCCCGUCGCCCAAAGCUAAUGAAGUGCUGGUUCGGAUACACGCUGUCUCCCUUCAGUACCGCGACUACGCCAUUGCGACGGGAACGUAUGGCUCUGGAUUCGAGAACUUGAUCCCUUGCUCGGAUAUGGCGGGAGAAAUCGUCGCUCUCGGAGAGGAUGUCACUGGCUGGAAGUUGGGACAGCGCGUUUCUGCAAACUUCAGCCUCGACCAUUUGGACGGGGACCCUACCGAGGCUACCGCCAACAGUUCUCUGGGUCUCCAGCAACCUGGAGUCCUAGCCACCUACAGGUGCUUUCCAGCCCAUGCGCUCGUUCCCAUUCCGCUUCAUCUUUCCUACACGGAGGCCUCCACACUACCGUGUGCCGGUGUGACCGCGUAUAACGCGCUCGCAGGCGGACUGAAUCCUAUUAAAGCCGGAGAGACUGUGCUUAUCAUGGGGACUGGCGGCGUCUCGAUGUUUGCACUUCAAUUCGCAGUUGCAUCGGGUGCCGUCCCCAUACUCAUGUCCUCCUCGGACGAUAAGCUCAAAAUCGCGACAGAACAAGGAGCAAGGCACGUUAUUAACUAUGCUCAGACACUCGAUUGGGAUCGUGAGGUCUUGCGAAUUACCAACGGGACGGGGGUAGACCACAUCCUCGAAGUCGGUGGUGCCGAAACACUUCGCAAGUCUGUCAACUGUAUCAGGAUGGGCGGGUCGCUUGAGCUUGUCGGGGCUUUGUCCGGGGUGCAACCGCCCCCAGAGUUGAUCCCUACGAUUAUUCUCAAAGCUCUUCAAGUGAGGGGUAUCCUGAUCGGCUCUGUUGCACAGUUCCGCUCAAUGAUUCGUCUCAUUGAAGCUCACCCAGAGGAUACGCGCCCCGUCAUCGACCGCGUAUUUCACUUUGACGAAGCCGUACAAGCGUAUGCACAUCUCGAGGCACGGAACCACGUAGGGAAGGUGGUCAUCCGGGUCGAGCAUUAA